AUGUCAUACAUGGGCCACCAUGGUCGUCCAACCAUAAUUCUUGAAGCGGUUGCUUCUUACGACACAUGGAGCUGGUACGCCAACUUCGGAAUGCCGAGAAUAUAUAAUGACCUCAAUGUACUAUGCAAGUCACCCAUUUUUUAUGACGUCAUUCAAGGACGUGCUCCAUGGGAACAAAAACAUCAAUUAUUCUCUAGGAUGCAAGAGGCGUAUCUUGUCGCGAGUCCUGCUCUCCAAUGGUACGGAGAAGACAUUUGGGAGGUAUUGAAGAUUUGCAUAAUUCUUCACAAUAUGAUUAUUGAAGAUGAGCGUGACCAAGACAACAUAACUCUUGCUGAGGACACACCAUAUCAUGUGGAGGAGGCUCUGGUACCGCAUGAACAUAGAUCACGCAAUAUACAAUUAGAAUCUAUUAAUCGGAGCAUAAUAAAUUAUCUAACUUCCCACUACAACCUUCGAUCUGAUAUCAUUCAACACUUGUGGGAGCAAUAUGGAACAGAACUUUAA